AUGUGGGACACCCUAACUCUGACAUACGAGUCCCUAGAGGUAAAACGCAACAAGCUAAGCUUGUUGGCACGUAAGUAUGAACUUUUUGAGACCGAAGAAAACGAAUCUAUACAGGCUAUGUUUGGAAGAUUCCAAACCAUCGUUAAUGAACUUUCCUUCCUAUGUAAAACUUAUGAUAGCUUUGAUCAUAUUGACAAAUUACUUCGAAGCUUACCCAAGAAAUGGAGACCACAGGUUAUUGCUCUGAGAGCAUCCAAAAAUCUAGAAAAGCUAUCUCUGGAGGAACUUAUUAGAUUGCUUAAAGUUCAUGAGUUGGAGUUGCAACAAGACGAUGCUGGGAGAAAACAAAAGUCUAUUGCACUAAAUGUACAAAAGACAAAAUCUACACCGUCCUCUUCAAAAGCCCUAAGGGCCGAUGAUACAUCUGAUGAAAGCUGCAGUGAAGAGACCUACGACACAGAAGAUGAAAUAUCCUUCCUAUCAAGGAAAAUUCAUUCAAUGAUGAAGAAAAAGGGAGGAAUACGAUGGAGAAAAUACAGCAAACCUCCUAGAGAAAAGGCACAACCAUUGUGCUAUGACUGUAAGAAACCUGGAAAUUACAAGACAGAAUGUCCAGAACUUGAAAAAGAAAAAGAAAAAGAAAAAGAGAAGAAGAAGUUGAUUCCCUACAAAAGGAAGAAGGCCAUGAUGGCCACCUGGGAGGACCUCGACACAACAUCGUCUGAAGGAGACGAAGAAGCGAAUAUCUAUCUCAUGGAAGACAUAGACUCAUCAAAAUCUGAUAAUGAGGGGGUAAUUGAAUCUGAAUUUAAAAUUCUUGAGCAUGCAUACAAUCAACUUCUAUCAAAUUCAGCAAAGAUUUCUACUGCAUAUAAAGAUCAAAAGAAAAGAAGUUUGGAACUACUUAAAGAAAACCUUUUACUGAAAAAUGAAAAUGCAAAACUCCUUUCAACUUCAGAAGAAGUAAUUAAACUUAACAAAGAAAUUGAUCUCUUAAAAUCUGAUUUGUCAAAAUUCACACUAGGAACCAAAAAUCUUGAGCUUCUUCUGAAACACUCCAGGAGUGGGAAUGAUAGAACAAGACUAGGAUAUGUUGAAUCUGAAUCAGAAAUCAAAACAAGAACAUACGCAUCUCCCUUGUAUGGAAAGAAUGGACAUUUUACGUCCAAAUACAAUCACAUGCAUAAGAAGGGGGAUUCCAAAACCUCCAGAGCUAACACUCAUGGACCCAAAUCCAUUAAAGUACCAAAAACUGAAAUAGAGUGCAUGUUACAGAUCUGUUCAACAAAAACAAAAAAUGCCCAGUCAUGGUACCUGGACUGUGGCUGCUGA